CAUUUUGUCAGGAUAACGUUAAAUAAAAUAUUGAUGGAAUAUAUACAACAUGGAAGAGUCGAUAAAGUUUGACAUUAAAGAGGUUAAAACUGAUCUUUUGCGCGCGAUAAACGAAUGUUCUCAACGCGGUUUAUUGCAUACCACAAAAUGGCUAGCAGAGUUAAGUUAUUCCUUAAAAGAUGUCAAAUUAAAUCUUCAUGACAUUACCGCUGAUUUGUAUUUAUCCGAUACAAACGAAGAAGAGGAUACGUAUAUUUUAGCAAAGACUUAUUUUGAUUUAAAAGAAUACGAUAGGGCCGCUUAUUUCACGGAACAAUGCAAAACACCAAAGGUUCGAUUUUUACAUUUAUAUUCUCGCUAUUUAUCAGGCGAGAAGAAAAAAAUAGAUGACAUGACAGUAGUGCCUCCAGAUCCCUUAAAAAACGAGAGUUUAAGAUUAUUAUGUGCUGAUUUGAGGAAAGAUCAUUUGGCAGACAAACUUGAUGGUUUUGGUCUUUAUCUUUUUGGUGUAACUUUAAAAAAAUUACAACUUAGCAGAGAAGCCAUGAGUGUAUUAGUGGAAGCAACGCAUAAGCAACCCAUGCAUUGGGGAUCUUGGUUAGAGUUAGCUUCUUUAAUUACUGAUAGAGAAAAACUCGAAAAUCUGUGUUUACCUAAUCAUUGGAUGAAACAUUUUUUUAUGGCUCAUAUGUAUUUGGAGUUGCAGUUAAUAGAUGAAGGUUUAGCAUUAUAUUGCGAAUUACAAUCAAUGGGAUUUGAGAAAAAUGGUUACGUACUUGCUCAAACUGCAAUUGCAGUACAUUAUAGGAGAGAUGUUGAUAAUGCUAUAGAAACAUUUAAAAGGAUAAUAAAAGAAGAUCCAUAUUGUUUAGAUAAUAUGGAUACAUACUCAAAUCUCCUGUAUGUGAAGGAAAUGAAAGUUGAGCUAGCAUAUUUAGCUCAUAGAGCAACGGAAAUAGAUAAAUACAGAUUAGAAACAUGUUGCAUAGUAGGAAAUUAUUAUAGUUUAAGAGGAGAUCAUCAAAAAGCAGUAAUGUAUUUCCAUAGAGCAUUAAAAUUAAAUCCGCAAUAUCUUUCUGCCUGGACAUUGCUUGGCCAUGAAUUCAUGGAAAUGAAAAAUACCAAUGGUGCUAUUCAUAGUUACAGACAAGCUAUUGAAGUCAAUAAGAGGGAUUACAGAGCAUGGUAUGGUUUGGGGCAAACAUAUGAAAUUUUAAAAAUGCCAUUCUAUGCACUUUACUAUUAUAAACAGGCUCAGCUGUUGAGGCCACAUGAUAGUAGAAUGGUACUGGCAUUAGGAGAAGCAUAUGAAAAACAAAAUAAAAUACAAGACGCGUUAAAAUGUUACUACAAAGCUUGCAAUGUUGGUGAUAUCGAAGGAAUGGCAUUAUUAAAAUUAGCCACGUUAUACGAAAAGUUAGGUGAGCAUGAUCAUGCGGCAGCAGCUUAUACAGACUUUGUGAUGGACGAAUUUAGGAAUGCGGACAGAGCUGAUUUGAGUCAUGCGUACAAGUACUUAACUCAGUAUCAUUUAAAACGCGAACAAUUGGAUCAUGCUAAUCAUUAUGCUCAGAAGUGUUUGCAAUUUGAUGAAACAAAGGAAGAAGCUAAGGCGUUAUUAAGAACUAUUGCUCAGAAAAGAGGAAAAUUUGAACAUUCGAUGGUGGUAGAAGAUAUGAAUGAAACAGACCCAGUUAUUGAACAAGGAGAAAGAGCAGAUGUUACACCAGGAAGUCAGUUAUCGCCGAUGAAUUUAUCGUUCAUGCCUACACCGUGA